CAAGUCAACAUUCUUCUAAAUUUUUUAUUUUAUACAAGUGGAAAGUUACCCACAAGUUCAUAGGCAAUUUCAGAAGCAGUUUCAUACACCAUUAAAAACAAUCUUGGACUCGGUAAAGAAAAGACUGCUCGCGGAAAAAAUGGAAGACGACCGCGCGCCACCACCUGCAGCAGCCCCAGCCAAGGAGUCUUCCUCCUCAAGCGCAUGUAAAGACGUUCCCAAUCUCCUCUCCUCCUUCGUCGAUACCUUUAUCGACUUUUCCGUCAGUGGCGGCCUCUUCCUCUUGCCUCAAAAUGACCAAAAUGCCCUCCCUUACCACCGUAACCUCGGCGGCGAUCUUCUUCCCUCGCCCCCACCGUUGCAGACCUAUUAUCCCCCGCAGGACCGCUUGAUUGCCAUCGGCGAUCUCCACGGCGACUUGGAGAAGACCAAGGAAUCGCUGAGACUCGCUAAAUUGAUCGACCCGGAGUCGGGUAAAUGGGUCGGAGGGUCGUCCACCUUGGUCCAGAUCGGCGACGUGCUUGACCGUGGCGGCGACGAGCUCAAAAUCCUUUAUUAUCUCGAGAAAUUGAGACGAGAAGCUGCGAGAUGCGGCGGCACGGUGAUUACAAUGCACGGGAACCACGAGAUCAUGAACGUCGAAGGAGAUUUCAGGUAUGUGACUCACAAGGGUUUGGAUGAGUUUAGGGGUCCCUCUCCCUCUCCCUAUCUCUCUCGUUUAUUUGGAGAGAGAAGGGAUGUCCAACUUCCUUAUUUUUGUUUUCUUUUUGGACGGCUUUUCAGCUACGAUGCUUUCACUCGAGGCUUGGAACAGCCCAAAGAUCCCUUUGAUGGGGUCCCUCUAGGGUUUAAGAAUGUCAAGGAAGAGUUUGUAGAUGGGUUUAGGGCUAGAAUUGCAGCAUUGAGGCCAAAUGGUCCCAUUUCGUCCCGGUUCUUGUCCAAGAACUUGACUGUAUUGGUUGUUGGAUCGUAG